AUGAACCGCCUGGCUGGGCCCCAGCCCUACAGCGGGGCAGGCACGGGGGGGCCUCUCCGGCGCCCCUCCUUCACUGUCAGGUCGCCCGAGACCCCCAAUGGGAAGGGGCUCCCGUCGCCCCUGGUCACCGGCACCGAGGAGGAGGCGCCCCCGGCCCCGCCAACCCCCUCCCGCAAGGGCCCGGCGCCCUUCAAGGUGACGCCAGUGCCGGUGGCUGCCCGGCCGGAGCGGUUCCCGGGCACCACCGUGGAGGAGAUCCUGGCCAAGAUGGACAGCAGGGAGGGCCCAGGCAGCCCAGACCGGGCCUGGCUCUCACCCUUCUGCACCGACCCCUCCUCCCGCUUCGGUUCCAAGACCUUUGCUGCCUUCCGGAAGCGUCCCGGCGGGGAGGCAGAUGGAGACCCUGCCGGCGAAGCCCCCCAGACGCCCCGACCUGCGGCAGGCGAGCUGGGAGUGGGGGAUGUUGGGCACCCCGUGGCUGAGAUGAGCAGCUCCCCCCCAGCCGGGCCGAGCUGUGCCGGGGACCCCCGCGGACGCCGGAGGCCGCCGUCCCCUCCUGAUCUUUCCACUCUACAGCUGGGUGCCCUCGGACCUCCAGGCUCCCCAAGGCCCCCCAGCUGCCCAGCCCCGGCCCCAGGAGCUCCUUUCCAGCCUGCAGAGCCCUCUGCCCCAGCCCCUGGCUCCCCUGAUGCCGCCCCUGAGCUCCUGGCCCCUGACUCCCCCACACUGCCCCCCGGCUCCCCGGAGUCCCCUGCUCGGCCUCCAGUUGAGGUCCUUGUCACCUCCAUCCAAGCACCAGGUGCUCCCUCAGCCACUGAACCCCAGCACAGCAUCUCCCGUUCCCCUGGCUCCCCACACACUCCGGGGGAGGGAUCCCCUGGCACUGCCAGCCCCCCUGGCACUCCUGAACUGCCCCCACGAGUCACCUGCCCCCCUGGCUCUCCCGAGGCUGCUGCUGAGUACCUGGGCCCUCCUAGCCCACCCCUUGCCAAAGCCUCUUGUCCCCCAGGUUCCCCAGAGGGACCUGAUGACUCCACAGUGUCCCCACGAUCCCAUGAGGGUCCUGAUUUCAAGCCCCCUCCCCGGGAUGUGGGGCUCCGGCGCUCCUCAGAGGGGGUGCUGCGGCCCCCGCCCACAGGACAGGGCCUGGGGGAGCUGGGGGGCUCGCUGAGUGCCCUGCCCCGCCCUGGAGACCUCCUGUCAGAGCCCUCCCUGGGCAGUGAGUCCGGCUGGAGCCUUUCCCAGUCCUUUGAGUGGACAUUCCCAUCUCGGGGGACACGCUUGCCAGCCUUCCCUCCCCGUUCCCCCAUCCGAGAGACGCCUGACUCAGGGCUCUCUGAAGAGGGGGAGUCAGAUGGGGAGGCUGCAGCCCCCAGCUCUCCAAAGGACAGCAGCUCUGAAGGACCUGACAGCCAGCAGGCAGAGGGGGCUCCAUGCCCAGGUGGUCCCGUGGCCCAGCGAGAGGCUGAAGGCUCAGCAGAGGAGGAGGAGGAUGAAAGGGAGGCAGAGCAGGAUGCUCCAGUGUCCCACUCCCCACUUCAUGUGACAAAGCCUGGCCAGGACCCAGCUGAGCCGGAGUCCACCACCCAGCCCAGCGUUACCACAGCUGCCCCUUUGGAUCCAGCCCCCCCAGAUCCAGCUGCUCCCGCUGACUUAGCCUGGGCAGGUGAUGGCCCCAAGAGCUUGCAGGGUCCCGGGGGCCCAGGCCAGGCUGAAGGACCCUCGCAGGACCCUGACCCCCACGCCGACCCGGGCUGGCUGACAGAGCUGUUGGCGUCACCUGGGGUCCAUGGCUCUCCGGAGAAUCUGCUGGGCUGGUCAAGGAAGGACCUGUGCAGUGAGUUUGGCAUUGGUCACCCUCGCCAGGACACCACCUUUGACUGGAGCCACCCAGGUGUGUCCAGGGAGAGAGACUGGCCUGUUGAGACCAAGCAGGACCAGGAAUUUGAGGCCAAAUCCAGCUGGGACAGCACCCACAGUGACAAGGACAGCAGUGCCCCGGAGAGCUGGAGUGGUGACUACAGAGCGACGGAGCUGAUGAGGGACACAAAACUGGGCUGCAGUGACUGGUCCCAGUCCCUUGGCACUGGGAAGAGCUGCCCACAGGAUCCAGACUUCAGUGCCAGCACAGCCAAGUGGGGCCAGGGCUAUGGCAGCACAGAGGAGCUUGGCUCUGGAAAAGCCAACUGGGGCAGUGGCCUUGGCACGGGGCAUGUCCAGCAGCUGGACAAGGAGCCACGCUCCGGGCAGCCCACCUGGGCAGGCAGGUACAGCAGCAGGAACACGGAGAUGAAGGACAGGGAGCUCACCCCAGACUGGGCCAGCAAAUACAGCAGCCAGGAUGCUGGGAGCAAGGAGGAGAAUUUAACGCUUGGCUGGGCUGGCAGAUCCAGCACUGGGGACACUGGAAGCCCAGAUAAGGAGCCCAGGCCAGCCUGGGACAGGAGGUGUAACCCCAGGGACAUGGAAAGCCAGGACCGGGAGUUUAGUCCCUGCCGGCCGGCCUGGACUUCGGAAUACAGGGACACAGAAGGCCAGGACCGGGAGUUCAGCCCCAGCCGGCCGGCCUGGACUGGUGAAAUCAGGGACAUGGAAAGCCAGGACAGGGAGUUCAGCCCUGGGAGACCAGCCUGGACUGGUGAAUACAGGGAAAUGGAAAGCCAGGACCAGAAGUUCAGCCCCAGCAGGCAGUCCUGGAAUGACAGAUCCAGCACCAAGGACAUGGAGAGCCAGGACCAGGAAUUCAGCCCCAGCAGGCCAGCCUGGGAUGAUAGAUCCAGGACCAGGGACACAGAAACACAGGACAGGGAAUUCAGCCCCAGCAGGCCAGCCUGGGAUGACAGAUCCAGCACCAGGGACAUGGAGAGCCAGGACCAGGAAUUCAGCCCCAGCAGGCUGGCUGAAGCCAGUGAAUGGAGCACGAGGGACCUGGAGACCCAGGAUGAGUUCAGUCCCAGCAGAGCAGUCUGGGAUGACAGAUCCAGCACCAGGGACCUGGAGAACCAGGACCAUGAAUUCACAUCCAGCAGAGCAGCCAUGGAUGGCAGGCACAGCAUGGGGGACACGGAGACCCAGAAUGGGGAGUUGUUCAGCCCCAGCAGAGGUGUCUGGGGUGACAGAUCCAGCACCAGGGCUGUGGAGCCCCAGGACAGAGCCGCCCGGGAUGGGCAGCGCAGCUCUGUGGCCCCCAGGGAGGAGGAGCAGGAGCUGAUCCCAGCCCGGCUGAGCUGGCCCGGGCAGGGCAGCAUCGGGCAGACCGGGCUGGUUGGGGUUGGUGAGGAGGAGGUGCCCAGCUCCCACCACCCUGAUCUCCCAGCCCAGGAGCCCACCUGGGCCAGUGCCCACCUGCAGGAGCAUGACAGCUCCGGCAGCAGGGACUGGGCUGAGGAGCUUGGAGCUGCUGAGUGCCAGAACCAGUUUGGUGUCAUUGGGACAGAGCGGCUGGCAGAGCCCUGCAGUGCCGGAGCCUCGGAUGGCUCCGUGUCCAGGGUCCUGCCUCAGCCCCAGGCAGGCUUGCACAGGGAUCUCUCUCUGGACAUGGGCAGUGCCCACUGGAGCCAGGACCUGGACAGCUGGAGUGUGGAGCCACAGGAUGCUGAGGCCAGGCGCCAGGAGUGGGCGAGUGCCUUCAGUGCCCGCUGUGCCGCCCGCAGCCGUGACCUUGGUGCAGAGGAGCAGAGCCUGGGAGGGGCCACCAGCGCAGAGCACGGCAGGUCGGCCCCCAGCCCUUCGAUGGAUGACAUUCCAGCUCAUCCCCCAGCUGUGGAGCCCCCCCAGAGUGAGUCACCCAGCCCCUCUGAGGAAGAGAGGGAUCCCUCUGAGCCAACUGCUGCCCCACAGAGCCCCAGAACCCACCCUCUGGUGUCAGAGGCUGCCAGUGGCAUCCCAGCAGACACAGGAAGUGAGGAACAGCCCUCAGACCACCCAGAUGGGGAGAGCUCCUCGAGCUGGGGGGAGCAGCGGCACUCUCUGGCUACCCCCCAGCCCGAGGGGUCCGUGGAGCAGGGGCAGGAAUUUCCUCUUCUGGAGGACACAGAGCUCCUGGACAGCAGCGUGCUGCGCUGCAAGGCCAGCCUGGGCCGCAAGCGCCAGCACCGGGCGCCGUCCCUGCGCCCCGCCACCACCGAGGGGGAGAGCUGGAUCUUCCGGGACUCCACGGAGCCCCAGCCAGCCCCAGCAGCGUCCUCCGACGAGGAGGCAGUGGAGGAGCCCCGGAGCCGGCGGAUGCGCGGCUCGCCCUCGGGCAGGGGGGUCAAGGUGCCGCUCUUUCCUGGCCUCAGUGCCUCCGCCAUCAAGGCCAAGCUGAGGGGUCGCAACCGCUCGGCCGAGGAGGGGACAUCGUCAGGGGAGAGCAAGGGGACCCCUCCUAAGGACCCCCAUGUGCAGCGCUCCAAGUCCUGCAAGAUCCCUGGUGUCAGUGGAAAACCCCCGACCCUGCCCCCCAAGCCAGAGAAAUCCUCAGGGUCUGAGGUGUCUCCCCCCCACUGGCUGCAGGCGCUGAAGCUGAAAAGGAAGAAGCCUUGAGCAGGGCUCACUCCCCGAUGCUGAUGGCCCGCUGUCCCCAUACCAGGGCUGUCCCCUCCCGUGGGGACACACACACACACACCUAUGCACUUUGUACGAGCUCGCAGGGUCCCUGUCUUCCCAACACCUCCUCCUCAUCCCCCCGUUGUAUCCUGUCCCCUUGGUCCCCAAGGGGUUUGGGGUGGGCACAGGCCCCCCCCUUCCCCUCCCCCCUGCUCAUGUAUGGCCCUGGACACAGGGCGACGGGUCCGGCUCGUGGUGCCACUGCCACAGACAAUAAAACCUCGCUGGUCAGUUCAGAGAGUCCUGGCUCUUCUCCUGGGCCGUGAGCAGGGAUCACAGAGAUCCUUGGAGAGGGGACCCUGUGACUGCCAUUGCCCGUGCAGGAGCUGUUCAGGAAACAAGGGACACCUCCAAAACUCCUCUCUGCCCACGCUGAGUGCAUCCAUCCAGGCCCCCCGGCCCAAACACCAAG